AUGCUGCCGCACCGCGCAUCAGAGACUUGCGAGGUGAUGAAUUACAAGGUCCCUGAAGAAGCUAAGAUCCUGGUCAACGUGUGGGCGAUUUCAAGGGGUCCGACAGUGUGGGAGGAUGAUCCGACGUUUUUCAAGCCGGAGAGGUUUAUUGGGUAG